CUCCUCCUCCUCGUCCACCUCCUCCUCAGCUGAAUGUGUCUGUAGGUGAGUGUUUGGGUAACAGCCGCCCACCAGCCUGAACACACAACAGUGACAAAGACAAGGACCAUCAAUGAAACUGAGAGGCUCGAAUUAGCAGGUCACUGGUGGAGCCUGGUGCUGCUGAGUGAUGGAGCUGAAGGUGUGGGUGGAGGGUGUGGUCAGAGUGGUUUGUGGCGUAUCACAAAGCACUUCCUGUCAGGACGUCGUGAUAGCUCUUGCACAAGCAAUUGGUCAGACUGGUCGUUACAUUCUCAUCUUGAAGCUACGUGAGAAUGAGAAACAUCUGGUUGCCGAUGACUGUCCUCUGCAGCAUCUGGCUCAGCUGGGACAGCUGGCUCCAGAGGUCCAGUUCAUUCUGCGGCGGACCGGUCCCAGCCUCAGUGAUGGACAGAACACAUCAACCAUAGAGAGACAUAUUCCCCUACUCAGACCAUCAGAACCAGAGCCCCCCAAAUACAGAGGACCACACAAGGCUCUCACCUUCAAUCUGGGUCCCUCAACACUUCCCAAGAGGACUAAACCAAAUAGGGCCUGGUCUCCAUCGCCUAGGGCAUCCCCAGAACCACGAACGUCCCCUGUCUCUUUCCUAGACGCCCCCAACUCUGUGAAAGCUGUCCCCUUUUACCCCUUCAAAGAGGAAGUGUUCAGGCAGAUUCUGCAGCAACAGAGGAUGUUACAAGACCUGGAGAUUCAGAUUCAAGCUCUGGAAAGGGAAACAGAUGUGUGGGAGCAGGAGAGGUCAUCCGCUGUGGUUCCAAUUCUGAAUCAGGACCUUACAGAGGAACUGGAGGAACUGGAGCAGCAGCUGAGGCAGAACGAGGCAGAGCUGAUGCACAGAGCACACUGGGAAGAACAGUUACAGGCAGAGCUGGACAGAGAGCAAGAUAUGCACAGACAACUACACCAGAUACACUCAUCAAUGGAUGAUCACAAUAAUCAGAUCAAGGAGCUCCAGGCCCGUUCUGCACAUGUAGACCAGGACAUACAACUCACAGCCCACAAACUAAGCUCUGCAGUGAGUCAGCAGCAGGAGGAGGCCCUGGGGCCCCUGAGGCAGGAGCUCCACAACCGCCUGCAGCAGGGAGAAAAUCUGAAUGCAACGGCGUCGGAGACACAGAGGGAGCUUCAGACUGCAGCGGGAAUAAUACAGAUGGCAGCUGGUUGAGGAGCUGAAUAAGGAGCUGAGGCAGUGUAACCUGCAGCAGUUCAUCCAGCAGACUGGUGGUGCCAACAACGACCAGACAAACUCGCUGCCUAUCACUGAAGUUUACCUCAGCAACGCCGGUAUCAUGGAGUAGGAGCAGCUGAAACCCUCACUGUACGUCAACAAGUUGUUUAAAAUAUUAAUUAUUACAGUUUUUAUUACCUUUCUGUGGGAGUAAAAUGUACAUAGGUAUUAAAAGAAAGUUAGUGACAGGGAAGAAAAAGCUCAGGUGAAAAAUUUGUGUGUCCAGUUUUUCAUCCUCUCAGAUCAGAUUAAGAAAACAAAAACACAAAUGAACAUAUGAAUGUAAAAUGGAAGGAGAAAAACAGACACUCCUAUUUUGAUGAUUACGAGUGAAAAUAAACUGAAACAAUCAUGAAUAACUCUCUUUUUCUACUGCAGGACAUGGACUACGAGAGAAAAAAGUUCUCAGAGUCUGAAAACCCAAAGACCGUCCAGACCUUAUUUUGUGUGUGUGUGUGUGUGUGUGUGUGUGUGUGUGUGUGUGUCUGUGUUUAUGUCACUGCCAUUUUUUGUAAAAAUUAAGAAUAAGACUGUCUUUGAGGUAAACAAAUGUUUGUAUUGUAUGUUUGCUUGUUGUGUUAAUAUAUAGUCUGUUUGUAAUUCAUAGCUCACACAAUAUAACCUUUAUAGACAGUGAGUAUCAUUUCAAGCUCACACAAAGCAGAUCAUCUUUUCUCCACUACAGGACGCGGAAGCUUAGUCCAUUAACAGCCCCGUGUAUGCACUUAAUAUACUGUACAAGUACAUGUAUGCAUAUGUUCAUGAACUUUUAUGAGAAAUACACAUACAUACAUACAUAACUGAAUGUCUAGGAGUCCACAUACAAUCACAACACGGCAGCAAAAAAACUACUAAAUAUAAUUUAUUCCUUUCAAAUAUUACAGUAUAGUCUCCUUAGAUAUGUUAUUUAUUUUCACGUUUUUUUUCUUCCUUAUUUCUGCGCUCUGUUUUCUAACACUGAUGUUAAACUUGCCAUAUUGUUGUACACUUUCUACUGAAAUUCAAAUUCGAAUUAAAAAUAAACUGUGAUGUGAUACUGUAA